AUGCGCUGUGCAUCAGAGGUAUUGGACACAGUUGAGACAAAAGGUGAGUUCGAGGUCAGCAAUGUUAUUCACGAAAUUGGGCACAUGGAUGCGGAGAAACGGAUGCGACUGAUGGUUAUGUCGGCGGCGGACCAGAUCUCGUUGGCGCGUAUGGAGUUGCUAGAUCGAUAUCAAACCCGUCCUUGUUGGCUUUUUUAUCUCGCCAAAUACGGUGUCGGCAAGGGCGGAAAGUAUGCCGCCGAUGUCCAGGUUGCUGAAACAGCUCGUCUACUCUUUGAGGUGAAGAAAUCGGUGCUUGAGUCUUGGGCAGUUUUAAUUGGAGCGAGGGGUCGAGCCUCCCCUCAACAUAUGUAUCACCUCCUGUAUCUCUUCUCAAAAACAAUCCAAAUCCCUUGCCAAAAUCAUAGAGUUAUAAUUCAGGCCUUUCCCGAGUCUUCCCGUUGGAUAUGGAUAUGCAAAUUAUGUUCUAAUGGAAGUCAUGACGAAAUGAAAUACGAAUCUUCGGGAUUGUGCAGUAUGUUCUUUAUCCAGCAUUGUGAUGAGAAUUUGCUUUCGACUCGGAUUGAAUUGGUUGGUUUUGAGCAUGAUAUUGUGGGCUUGGCGGUGCACUUCCUUGCGCGUACGGAGAAUGCUGGUUUCUAUGGAGCGUUUUACAGGAUAAAUCUAUCUUGGAAUAUAUGUGAGUUGUUAGACUACGAGAUCGAACUAGCAAAGAAUCAUCUGGUAGAUUCUGUUGCGAAUCUCUGCCGGAAUUUCUGGAUUGUUGGCCUGCUAUCGUGGAGGUGGAUUGAUUCAGAUGUCCGUCAAGGGAACCUUAAAGUGAACCCUGGUUCCGAUCAUCUCCAGCCACUUACUGUCCCUCACGAUCGAUUCGUCUGA